AUGGGCAUUCACUACUACGACGAAAGUCCCAGCGGUCCUGACGAGCAAACCGGUCGCUUGACCCCCUGCUUGCCGCUACUUCAGCACAACAUACCGUUUGCGAUCUACGGCGAAGAUGCGCUGUCUAUCGUGCAUCGCGUGCCUGCCGUUUUAGACGGAGUGUGCCAACAUCUCUUGGUCCCUGAUGUCUAUUUCAACGAAGCGGCGAGAAUCAUGUCCAAGGGUUCAUACUCUUUAGCCCUCCAAGACGACUAUUCCCUGUGGCUGGAAUCAUCUUUGCUGAACGACACCGAAUUGCAUGCAUUUGACCUGCAAAAUAGCUCUGCGUUACUUCUUCACCAUAGUCCAGAGGAGGCAGAGGAAAUGAGUAUUCCCCCGCGCAUCUUCGUCCACAAACAAUCCGUCUUCCACUUCGACAUCAACGACCCCUCGUCGACCAUGCUCAAUCCGGAGCCUCCAGAUCCGAUAUUCCGACCCAUUUUAUUUCCCAGUCUCCCUGGCUUUCUCGAUAGCAGUGUCGCGAGCUAUCUCAACCUCCCGUCCCUCCCUCCCGGCGGCUAUCCUCAUGCCAUGCUCCUGGAGAAACUCACCACUUGGAUUGGCUACCUCCUCCAAUACACAUUUCCUGGCCGCGGUGUUCAUCACAACGAGGCGGAAGAAAGCCUCGAUCGCAUCAUCACCCCUGCUGUCCUCCAAGUUCUCUCGCAGACGAAAGCGGAGAGGCAGCCGACGCUAGUCCGGUUCGUCACGAUGAUGAAAGGGCCGGGAACCAAGAUGUUGCUGCUGGAAUGGAGUGACCUUCGACGAGAGCGAUUGGGGAAGAAUAAGAUUACUAGUAGCACGGAGUAUGGACUCUCGAAAAUGUUUCCGACGAUGGCCAGCCCACGCGCUAUGGCAGAUUAUGCACGAAUAAAAGGACUCAAUCCGCCAUUCCUAACACCACAAAUCAUACGCCGAACCGCCCAAAAACCUGCGGAGAUGCAAUGGGGAAUUUUACCUCGGUACUUGGGUCGGGCCAAAACCUCGUUACGCUUGUAG